AUGUCACCCAGGCAUCAUUCGGCUGCUAUGCUCUCCGCGCACAAAAGAGCAUAUCGCCAGCGCCGUAAAGACCCCAGCUGCGACGCGUGUCGUGAACGCAAAGUUAAAUGUGAUGCUACCGACACUUCCAGCUGCACCGAAUGCUCAAGCAGGAGCGUCAAGUGUCAAUUUACCAAGGAAACCAACAGACGCAUGUCCUCGAUGAAGCAUGCUCAAGAUCUCGAACGCCAGCUCGAGGAAACCAGACAGGAGAAUCGACAAUUACGCAACAUGCUCAGCGAUCAAGGCGGCGCAGCUGCAGGUGCAUCUGCAGCGCCUCCAUCGACCAGUGUUUCGGGUCCACCCGAGUUCACUCCUAGCAAGCAAAGAAAUGGACGCCCAAUUGCCAUGAACAGUUUUGAUGGGGUUAGAGCAAACCUUCGCAAGUUCAGCCAGGGUAUCUUCAAACCGCCGCAUCCUUACAGCAAGCCUACCGUACAGGUCCAGUGCGCCGAUUCGACGACGCCGCUGCCUCCCAAGCAGAUGGUAGACAAUCUCUUGCAGAACUACCACACGGUACUGCAGCCGCUCUGCCCCUUCCUCCAUUGGCCCACCUUCAUCGACGAAUGCGAACAGCUGUACAGAAGAGGAACUUUCCAAGGGCUGCGCCAGAUCUGGAAAGCUCUUUUCUUCGCAGUUCUUGCGUGUGGCUGUAGCAUACAAGAUGCGAGAGGAUCUACGCAUCCCGAGUCUGAAUGCAUCAAGUUCGCCGAGGUGGCCAAGUACUGCACGAAGUCGGUGGAUGAUGAUAUCUCGCCCGAUCAUGUGCGCACGUCCCUGCUUCUAAGUAUUUGCUUCUCGAACAUGAACCGUAAAGCAGCAAGUUGGUUCUGGCUCGGCUCGGGUGUGAGAUUUGCGCAGUUACUGGGCCUACAUCGAGAGCACGGUCAGCUACCACAAUUCGAGGCCGAGAUGCAAACCCGUCUUUGGUGGUCUGUCUACAAUUGGGAUAGAAUCCUCUCUCUCGAACUCGGCCAAGUACCCAUCAUCGACGAUUCUGAUGUUGAUGUCAGCGAACCUACACCUAUUGACGACUCAAGCAUAGGACCUGGACUCGGCAAUUCCGGUGCUCGUCCAAGCUCACUAAUAGUCUUUGUGCCUGUUGUACGCAUCAUAUACCCACUAAAGAAGACAUUGAAGUCUCGAACCAUAACGCCCUCGACCUUGAACGCCUACGACGAACACUUCCGCUCUAUCAUGGGUUCUUGGCCCGAUCCGUACCCGAUCCACUCGAACGCCCCGCUCGAUCCUGUAUACUUCAGUGCUGUGUUCCUACUGCAAAUCGCCCGCUUCCACCUUUACCGCCACAACUUGGCUCCUGCCUGUCGUCCCCAGGAGCGCAAGGACGCCCUCUACCGAUGCCUUUCCGUUGCCAAAGAUACAGCUGUCUACCUACAACGCUCGAUCCAAACCUCGCCGGGCCCACCUCGCUACUCAGCUCAACCUUUAAGCCCAAGUCCUGAGUGGAACGCACGGAUGGCCAACAGUUCACCUUUCUUCCUCGUCUUCCACUUUUGGCGUUGCACUCUGGUGGCUGCUCUCUGCGGAGAUUAUGCGACUGCCAUAGUUUGCGUAAUGCCAUUGAGCGCGAUUGGCACGCGUGCCAUAGUCAACUCGGCCUGUGGACGCUAUAUCUCUUUCUUCUUGGAUUGUCUGGUGGAGCGCGUUCAAAAUGGCAAAGGCAGUCUUGAGAUGUUGGAAGUAGAUGAAGAGAUGCUAGCCUACGCCAGCGCUGAUAUGCAAGGCUCACACGAGACUGCUUGGGCUUGGACUGGAGGCGAGGUGUUGCAAAGAACAUUGGAUCACACUGCCACUGCUGCAGAAGGAGCAACCAGCGCAUAUGAUCAAUCUAUAGGAGAAGAGCCGGAAUGGAAUGGAUGGAACCGCGUGAUGGAUAUUCUGUCUCAACUCGAACAAGAGCAGCAUCGCAGUAUGCAGCAACAAGGCCCACCGCCUCCACAGUCACAGGCUCUCUCACAGCAGCAGCAACAGCCGCAGCAGCAGACGCAACAACAACAUCCUCCACCACCACCACCACCACCACCACCACCACCACCACCACCACCAUCGCAGUAUGCAGCACAGCACAUGCCACCACAGUAUGCUCAGCCUCAACAACAAGCGCCAUCCGCGCCAUACUUCCAAUCACCCCGAGCGCCUACACCGCUCAUGACCCCUGCGCCGGGCAAUGCAGGGCCAUCCACUGCUCCAACACCAGGCACCAGCUCUCGCAUCAGCAUAAAAUAUAUUAUUUAG